UUUUUUUGAGCAUCAGCAUCAACCAUUGUUAUUUUCUGCUAAUUUUAUUCCUACAUCAAUUCAAAAGGAGCAUUGUCUCUCCAACGGUUCGACUGGUCCAGCAGAGAAACGGAAACAACAGGGGUCAGGAGAAAAGAACUUGCAAGGAAAAAAUGAUCAGUCUGUCAAAGGUCGACCUGACAUUUCGACAGGUCAUGGUGGCCAGUAUAGUGUUGCAUGGGAUCUUGCUUGUCUAUGGUCAUUGGCAGGACACUCAUCUGGUCGUCAAAUACACCGAUAUUGACUAUGUAGUCUUCACAGACGCGUCGCGCUAUUUGACUCAGGGUCGAUCUCCCUAUACGAGAGCCACGUACAGAUACACACCUUUAUUGGCCCAUCUGUUGACACCCAAUAUAUAUGUUCAUGAAUCAUUUGGGAAAUGGAUCUUUACAGGGGCGAAUCUGUUGAUUGGAGUGCUGAUUCAAAAGAUCCUCCGACUUCGAGGCAUGUCCGAGUCAAGGGCGGUCAAGUUCAAUGCCUUGUGGUUAUUGAAUCCGAUGGUGGCGAAUAUUUCGACUCGAGGCAACGCAGAGAGUGUGAUUGGGGCCAUGGUUCUGGGAUCAUUUUAUCUGAUCAUGAAGAAACGGAUCGGAUGGGGCGCAUUCUUGUAUGGGCUGAGUGUUCAUUUCAAGACGUAUCCUAUUAUUUAUUCGAUUGCUCUGUUGGUCAUGAUGGAUGAUGACUAUUUUGCUUCAGGAUUCAACAGAUCAGGAGGGCCAUUAGGAUCGGGGGCUCAAGCUAUUGAGAAGCAACGGGAAAAACAACAACAACAACAACAACAACAACAACAACAACAACAACAACAAAAGCAACACAAGGAUGAAAACAUUGUUGUGAGGACAGUCAAAGGUCUUGUUGGCUUUAUUACUUGGCGUCGUGUACAAUUUGGGCUGUUGAGUGGCGGAUGGUUCUUCCUCAUUACAGGGCUGAUGUAUUACUUCUAUGGAUAUGAUUUUUUGUUCGAGACAUAUUUAUAUCAUAUUACGCGCAAGGACCACCGACAUAAUUUUUCAUUCUGGUUCUACAAUAUUUAUCUGACGUUCACAUCUCCAACGGGGACACUUGUGGGAGUCUUGACCUUUGUACCUCAGCUGGCACUUGUUCUGGCGAUUGGAUGUUGUUUUGGAAAGGAUAUCUUCCUUUGUGCCUUUUUGCAGACCUUUGCGUUUGUAGCCUGGAAUAAAGUCUGCACUGCUCAGUACUUUAUGUGGUACAUUGUUUUUUUGCCAUUAUUGAUUCCAUGCUUGACCUCCAAUCCUCGGAUGAGUUUGAGAUCGCAAGGUCGAAACAUGCUUAUCGCAUGGGUGGCAACACAGGGCCUUUGGCUCUCACAGGCCUAUAACCUUGAAUUCUUGGGCCUGAACACGUUUUGGAACCUCUUUUUGGCUUCAGGAAUGAUGUAUGCAGCCAACGUUUGGAUCUUGGUUGAGCUUAUCAGCGGUGCAGCCUAUGAGCCGAUCUUUGGUGAACGUGGAAUGAUUAGACAAGUGUGGACAUAAAAAUCAACUUUGGGGAGAUUCAUCCUUGAUCGGGCUGAGAGGAUGGUAGCACAAUGUUUGUCUAACCCCAGACAUGAUCUUCAAGGGAUUGAGACAACGCACGGGUUUACAUGGUCAAACGUCAGAGGUU